CCGCUGGCGGGGCGGGCGAGCAGCAAUGCCGCCGCCGCGCAGAGCGCGCCGCGGGGGGAGCGGGCGGGACUACUGCGUUCGAGGUCGCGUUGCACGCGGCGGUGGACGCACGGGGAAUGGGCGCUCCGGGAGUUGCCGACGCCGCUGGCCACAGCGACGUCAGCGUCGUCAGGGCCCCUGUCUGCUGCGCCGACGGCCACAUCGACCGCAGCGCCGUCGAGGUCCUUGACGACUGCGCCGACCUCCGUGCCGACAGCAGCUCCGACAAGGCCCUCGAGGGCCGCGCUGACACCGGCACCGACGAGGCCUCAGAACACUGCGUCAACGCCCAUGCCGCCAGCAGCGCCGACAAGGCCGACGACGAGGUGGCCGACACCGGCGGGUGCCUUGCCAGGCUGGAGACCAUCGGCACGGUGCUAAGGCACGGGUUCAUGAGGGCGCCGCCGGCUGCCAGGAGGGGCAGGGAUGCAGAAACGCACCGCCUACGACGGGUGUGGAACAAGCAGGCCAAGAGAGCGGCCCUUGAGCCUGGCUUCGCUGAGCUGGGCCGCACAUUUCAGCUGCAGGAGAUUCAGUCCCGGGUGCUCACCUCGCUCAUCUCGCUGGGGGGCCCGACGUGGCGCGCUCGCGCGGGCCUCAGGGUCUGGGCGGCGAUCGCGAUUCAGGCCGCCUGGCGGCGGUCGCAGGCCUGGUUCCGCGUUGAGGUGCUGAGGUCUACGUUGAGGUCGACGGCCAGUGGGGACACUGCGGAACUGCAUUUCCGCACCUUCAGGAUGAUCCAGGCCAGGGCGAAGCCCGCGACGGAACUCGCCUGCGCCCAACUGGCGGCCGCAGAGGCCAGACGCUUCUUCGAGGUGGAGACCGCUCGCGGAGAGGAAGCAGCGCCGGGGCCCCAGCCACUGCAUGCGGCGGAGGAGGGGCGCGGACAAUUCUUCGGGAUGGAGGCCGCGUGUGGUGAGGAGGCUUCGGUGGCACCCAGCCUGCUGUUCCGCGAGGCGGGGCCCACUGCAGGCAGGGGCGGCGCCGGCCGCGAGGACCGCAGCGAGCGCUACGGCGAGAAUCCAGGCACGCUGCAGCCGCGGGCGCCCCGGCAGCGGGGUCAGAUCGAGCUGGGGGCACGGAGCAACGGCAGCGGGGCGGGGAAAGCCCAGCAGCCGCACCAG